GGUCGCCGGAGCUCUCCCAGUCAUUGGCCUUUUGUGCUGCAACUUUUCCCGAGCCCUUCGGGGAGCCUGCGCCCGCCCCGCGCCGUUGCCCCGGGAAAGUUUGCGUUUCCUGGGUUCACCCGGUGGGGACCGCGCCAGGCUCGGAGGACUCAGCCUGUCUGGGGGACUCUUUGAGAGUUGCGUCCACGGAGGAAGGCAGCUACGCGAGGGCCAGCCCCGAUCGUCCGGCGCCCCUGGAACUGAUGAUGUCAUCCAGCCAGCUGCUCCUGCAGACCUGGGACACCCACCCUUAGCUGACUCUUCCCAUCAUGGUGACAGUGCCAGCUCAGUCUCUACACAUCUGACAGUCCAGAGGAGUUCCGACUCGGAGGAAGCCUUUGAGACCCCUGAAUCAACGACCCCUGUCAAAGCACCACCAGCCCCACCCCCACCACCCCCUGAAGUCACCCCAGAGCCUGAGGUCAGCGCUCCACCGGUCCCAGAAGAAUCAGGAUGCAGUUCUGAGCCGCCCGUGGUUCCCGAUGGCCCUCGCAGCGAGUCCGUGGAAGGAAGCCCUUUCCGUCCUCCGCAUUCCUCCUCGGCGGUGUUCGAUGAAGACAAGCCGAUAGCCAGCAGCGGAACUUACAACUUAGACUUCGACAGCAUCGAGCUGGUGGACAACUUUCAGAGCCUGGAGCCAUGCUCUGCCGACUACAAGGGUCAGGAGUGUAAGGUGAGCACGCGGAGGAAAUCCACCGAAUCCGUGCCCCCUUCCAAGUCCACGCUGUCCCGCUCGCUCAGCCUGCAAGCCAGCGAUUUUGACGGUGCUUCCUGCCCGGGCAGCCCCGAAGCUGGGGCCCUUGCUACAGAUGCGUGUGGUACUGGAUCCAACAGUGCAUCCAGUACCCUUAAACGGACUAAAAAAACACGGCCACCUUCCUUGAAAAAGAAACAGGCCACCAAGAAACCCACAGACACCCCACCAGUGAAGGAGACCCAGCAGGAGCCAGGUGAAGAGAGUCCAGUCCCCAGUGAGGAACACCUUGUGCCAGAGACAAAGACGGAGCUGGCCACACCCGAGAGCACUGGGUGCACCUUGUCAGAAGAGACACCCCUGGAACCCACCCCCGUGCCCACAGCCAACUGUCCUUUGACUUUGGAAAGGGCCGAAGACGUCAACCCUCCGGUUUCUGGAGGUGGCAGAGUGCAGAACUCACCCCCUGUGGGGAGGAAAUCAGUGCCUCUUACCACAGCCCCUGAGGCAGUGGAGGUGACCCUAUCAGAAAGUGGGGGGCAGGAGGACUUGCCUGCCAAAGGACUCUCAGUGAGGCUGGAGUUUGACUACUCUGAGGACAAGAGUAACUGGGACAGUCAGCAGGAAAACGUCCCUCCCACCAAAAAGAUAGGCAAGAAGCCAGCUGCCAAAAUGCCCCUAAGGAGGCCAAAGAUGAAAAAGACACCUGAGAAACUUGACAACACUCCUGCCUCACCUCCAAGGUCCCCUACUGAACCCAAUGACAUCCCUAUUGCUAAAGGUACCUACACCUUUGAUAUAGACAAGUGGGAUGACCCCAACUUUAACCCUUUCUCCUCCACCUCAAAAAUGCAAGACUCUCCCAAACUGCCCCAACAGUCGUACAACUUUGACCCUGAUGCCUGUGAAGAGUCCCUUGACCCCUUUAAGACGUCCUCUAAGACCCCCAGCUCACCUUCUAAAUCCCCAGCCUCUUUUGAGAUCCCAGCCAGUACCGCUGAAGUGGACGGGGAUGGGUUGAAUAAGCCCGCCAAGAAGAAGAAGACGCCCCUGAAGACUGACACUUUUAGGGUGAAGAAGUCACCAAAGAGGUCCCCUCUGUCUGAUCCGCCUUCUCAGGACUCCACUCCAGCUGCCACGCCGGAAACACCCCCAGCAAUCUCUGCGGUGGUCCAUGCCACAGACGAGGAGAAACUGGCCGUCACCAGCCAGAAGUGGACGUGUAUGACAGUGGACUUGGAUGCUGACAAACAGGACUUCCCACAGCCCUCGGAUCUGUCUAACUUUGUAAAUGAGACCAAAUUCAAUUCGCCCUCAGAGGGUAAGCAACUCGGUGGCCAGCCCGACCCACACCUUGCCUUGGAGAAUACUGUCGCUAGGGGGCAGAGAGCCAGGAAAGAUACUUGCCAGCCAGAGCUGGACUACAGAAACUCCUAUGAAAUCGAAUACAUGGAAAAGCUUGGCUCCUCCUUACCCCAGGAAGACGACACUCCGAAGAAGCAGGCCUUGUACCUUAUGUUUGACACCUCGCAGGAGAGUCCCGUCAAGUCUCCUCCGGUCCGGAUGUCGGAUUCCCCAACUCCAUGUUCGGGGUCAAGUUUUGAGGAGACUGAAGCCCUUGUGAACGCUGCAACAAAACUCCAGCAUCCUGUCACACGAGGCCUGGUCUCCAACCAGGAGCCUCUCUUGCAGGUGCCAGAGAAAGCCUCCCAGAAGGAGCUGGAAGCCAUGGCCUUGGGCACCCCCACAGAGGCCAUUGAGAUUACAGCUCCGGAGGGUGCCUUUGCGUCUGCAGAUGCCCUCCUCAGCAGGCUGGCCCAUCCUGCCUCUCUCUGUGGUGCACUUGACUAUCUGGAGCCUGACUUAGCAGAAAAGAACCCCCCAGUAUUUGCUCAGAAACUUCAGGAGGAGUUAGAGUUUGCCAUCAUGCGAAUAGAAGCCCUGAAGCUGGCCAGGCAGAUCGCCCUGGCUUCCCGCAGCCGCCAGGACGCCAAGAGGGAAGCUGCUCACCCACCAGAUGUCUCCAUCUCCAAAACUGCCUUGUACUCCCGCAUCGGGCCCACCGAGGUGGAGAAACCUCCGGGCGUUCUGUUCCAGCAGCCAGACCUGGACUCUGCACUCCAAGUUGCCAGAGCAGAGGUUAUCUCCAAGGAGAGAGAAGUCUCUGAGUGGAGGGACAAAUAUGAAGAAAGCAGGCGGGAAGUGAUGGAAAUGAGGAAAAUCGUGGCUGAAUAUGAGAAGACCAUCGCACAGAUGAUCGAGGAUGAACAGAGAGAGAAAUCGGUCUCCCACCAAACUGUGCAGCAGCUGGUCCUCGAGAAGGAGCAAGCCCUGGCUGACCUGAACUCUGUGGAAAAGUCUCUCGCUGACCUCUUCAGGAGAUAUGAGAAGAUGAAGGAGGUCCUGGAAGGCUUCCGCAAGAAUGAAGAGGUGCUGAAGAAAUGCGCACAGGAGUAUCUAUCCCGAGUGAAGAAAGAAGAGCAGAGGUACCAGGCCCUGAAGGUGCACGCGGAGGAGAAGCUAGACAGGGCCAAUGCAGAGAUUGCCCAGGUUCGAGGCAAAGCCCAGCAAGAACAAGCAGCCUACCAGGCCAGCCUGCGGAAGGAGCAGCUGCGAGUGGACGCGCUAGAAAGGACGCUGGAGCAGAAGAACAAAGAGAUAGAAGAACUCACCAAGAUUUGUGACGAACUGAUUGCCAAAAUGGGGAAAAGCUAACUUGGAACCAAGCGCUUGGACUUGGCCGUUGCGUGCAAUACGACCGUCGGCACACUGUCGCCCUUCCGAUUCCGUGGACAGGCUCUCUUCUCACUUUAUAUGCACUACUGUGUUCCCUUUCCAAGUAAGGUUGGUUUGACCGUAUGCAGUGCCGAGACCUACCGGGAUUCCUUGCUAUCUGUUUGCAUUUUCUAGUAUAAUUCAUAGCAAGUUGACCUCAGAGUUCCUGUAUCAGGGAGAGUGUCAGAUUCUCUUAUAAAAAAGACAAAUUGCUGACCUUGGCCUUGUCCUUUGGUGAACAGCAUCUGAUGUGACAUGAACAUAUGCAGCCUGCAUAGGGACUCUUGCCUUAAAGAGUGUACAAUUGGUCCACAUUUGCUGGUUGGUUUGGUUUUUGUUUUUUAAAAAAAAAUGCAUGUUUCAAACAAAAUUCUCUAUUGUAAAUAAAUUUUUUUCUUUGAAUCUUA